AUGAAGAUCCUCCUGCUGCAGCAAUUGAGCCUGUCUUUGAAUCCUCUCGGCUUCUUGCUGCUGCAGGCAGGAGAGCCUCUUGAUACUGCAAUUGAGCCUGUCUUUGGAUCCUCUCAGCUUCUUGUUGCUGCAGCUGAAUUUGAUGUUGUCGAAAUUCCUCCUGUGCUUGCCUUUGAAGCAAGUUCAGGCAGUCCAUCCAAAGGUGGUGCAGGAUUAGGCGCAAAUUGUGAGGACCAACUGCGCCCUCAUAAUGAAUGGCACCAUAUACAGGAGGAGCAGGAGCAGGUUGAGCGGGUUCAUUAUGCACCUGAGGUACCUGCAUGGGCUGUAACCCAGCUGCCAUUAACUCUGCCUGUGCCUGCUCUCUUAUCUCCUCUCUGUCCUGUUGCCGACGACGAUUCCGUUGACAGUGUCUAUCAUUAUGAGCUGCAUUCAUCUGCUCAUUCAAACAUGCAUUAUAAUCAACAGGAGGGUGCUGAUGAGCACAUUGCACAUGUGCAAUUGCAUUCCUUGGCAAGCCAGGAUAUUGACCAACUGGUAGCGGUUCAUAUGGAAAGUGAGCAGGAGGCUGCCAUGCAAAAGGUCGCGGAACAGGCCCUGCUUGAGGUUCAUUAG